AUGGCAUGGGUCUACAUUAUGCCACCAGAAAAUAGAAACCCAAUGACAGUGGUACCGGAUGACCCGUAUCCGAGUAUGGCACCUAAGCAGCUACCGGCGUGCAUGCGUCUAUCCACCGAUGAACCAGGACCUCAAUUUGCAAGCAAACAGCUACACCGACACUUAGGACUCUGCGAAGACACGCAAAAUAACUAUUUUCGGUUGGUGUAUAACGAAUCCAAAUGGCACCAUUAUUGCCAAGGGACAAAUUUCCAAAAAGUUUCAAGCAAGCAAACGGCUUACAAAGGGGUAGAGGGUCUUGCUGCUGGAAUACACGGUGUGCCCCUCUGA